CAGUAGCAGCAGUAUUAAUGGCGGUGUUAGUAGCAAUAAUGGUGGUCUACGUACGAUUUCAGGUUUUUCAGCGACUCUUGUAUCUUCUAAUUCUACCUCUUCUGUGCGUUCUCCAACGACAAUUCCAAUAAUGAGCACAGCGAGAAAUAAUUCAACAUCAUCGCAAAUAUACACAUCUGCGGACAAACGUCAAUUUGUUAAAUUUUCUGAUACUUAUAAACCGGGAAUGAUUAGAGUUGGAUCUAAGUGGGUGUAUCCAGAAGAUGAAAUAACCGAGGGUGGAACGUGGGAACAUAAGAAACGCGCUGAAGAAAUGAAGCGAACUGCUGAUCAAGCAGCACUUUUGACACAACAAGCAGAAGCUAAACGUGCCCAUCAUAUCGCUGAUUUUCUACCAAAAGAAGAAUUACAUAAAUUUGAGUCAAAAGUAAAGGCAGUCAAAACGGGCGAAGUUUCUCCCAGUUAUGAAGAUUAUGCAAAUAAUAAAUUGGAUCAAUCAAAUAUUGGAUUCAAGAUGUUGAUGAAACAAGGAUGGCAGGCAGGCUCGGGACUUGGGAAAUCUGGCGAGGGAAUUGCGGCACCUAUAAACAAAGCUGAUAGUCGUCCUGCCAAUGCCGGACUAGGUCAAACAAAACCGGAUGGAGUGGAGGAGGAGGAUGAUGAAUUUGAAAUUUAUCGAAAGAGGAUGAUGCUUGCAUACAGAUUUAGACCUAAUCCUCUGAACAAUCCUCGUCGACCAUAUUAUUGA